AUGAAAUCAGAUUUCAAGUUCUCUAACCUUUUAGGAACAGUAUAUAGAAAGGGGAACUUAUUAUUCACCAAAGAUGGAACCAAAUUAUUAUCACCAGUAGGAAAUCGAGUUUCAUGUUUCGAUUUAGUCAAUUCCAAUUCAUUCACUUUCAAUUAUCAACAUAGAAAGAAUAUCACCAAUAUAGCCUUAAACACCCAAGGAACAUUAUUAAUCUCCAUUGAUGAAGAUGGCCGUGCCAUUCUUGUGAAUUUUAUCCUGAGAGUUGUAUUACAUCAUUUUAAUUUCAAAUCUAGGGUUCAUGAUAUUAAAUUUAGUCCUUGUGGACAUUAUUUUGCUGUAGCUGUAGGGAGAUUUAUUCAAGUUUGGAAAACUCCUGAUUUUAGUGAAGAUAGACAAUUUAGUCCGUUUGUUAGACAUAGAAUAUAUCUGGGUCAUUAUAAUGAUGUUUUAAGUAUUUCUUGGUCACAAGAUUCAAGAUUUUUCAUAAGUACAAGUAAAGAUAUGACUGCUAGGAUUUUUUCAAUUUCUUCAUUGGAAAAAGAUGUUGGUAUGACAUUUUCUGGACAUCGAGAUUAUGUUAUGAAUGCGUUUUUCAGCGCUGAUCAAGAAAUCAUUUAUACUGUAAGUAAAGAUGGUGCAUUAUUUAAAUGGGAAUAUACUGAAAAACCAACUGAUGAAAGUGAGGAUGAAGAAGAUGAGGAAGAAGAUGGAGAAUCUACCAAACCUAUGAGUUGGAGAAUUACAAGAAAGGAAUUUUUCUUUGCUGAUUCGAAAUUAAAAUGUGCAACUUUCCAUCCAGAAUCAAACUUAUUAAUUGUUGGAUUUUAUAAUGGUGAGUUUAGGAUAUAUGAAAUUCAAGAUUUUAAUCUUGUUCAACUGUUAAGUAUGGGACAAAAUUCAGUUGACACUGUCAAUAUCAAUAAAUCUGGUGAAUGGUUAGCAUUUGGAUCUUCUAAAUUAGGACAAUUGUUAGUAUAUGAAUGGCAAUCCGAAUCAUAUAUCCUUAAACAACAAGGACAUUUUGAUUCUAUGAAUACCUUAGCCUAUUCUCCCGAUGGGUCAAGAUUAGUUACUGGAUCUGAUGAUGGUAAGAUUAAGAUUUGGGAUGUCCAAUCCGGAUUCUGUUUAAUGACAUUUACUGAACAUUCAUCUGCAGUAACUGAAGUUAAAUUUGCCAAAAGGGGACAAGUAUUAUUUACCAGUUCUUUAGAUGGGACAAUAAGAGCAUGGGAUUUAAUCAGAUAUAGAAAUUUCCGAACUUUUACUGCCUCUUCUCGUAUUCAAUUUAAUUGUUUGGCCGUUGACCCCAGUGGUGAAAUCAUUUGUGGAGGGUCUCAAGAUUCAUUUGAAAUUUAUGUCUGGUCAGUUCAAACUGGACAAUUAUUAGAUUCAUUAAGUGGACAUGAAGGUCCAAUUUCAUGUUUGACUUUUGGUCAAGAAAAUUCGAUAUUGGCAAGUGCUUCAUGGGAUAAAACAAUUAGAAUUUGGAAUAUAUUUGCUCGUAGUCAAAGUGUUGAACCAAUUGAAGUCAGUCAUGAUGUUAUUUGUUUGACUAUGAGACCUGAUUGUAAAGAAAUUGCUGUCCUGACAUUAGAUGGUCAUAUUACCAUAUUUGAUAUUGAAGAUGCCAAGCAAUUACAUAUGAUUGAUGGAAAGAAGGAUAUUAUUAAAGGAAGAUAUCUUGAAGAUAAAUUUAUUGCCAAGAAUUCAGCUCGUGGGAAUUAUUUCAGUACUAUUUGUUAUUCAUUUGAUGGGUUAACUUUAUUAGCAGCUGGUAAUAAUAAUUCCAUCUGUAUGUAUGAUAUUGAUAAUGAAGUAUUAUUGAAAAGAUUCAUUGUUUCAGAAAAUAUGUCAAUUGAUGGAACUUUACAAUUCCUCAACAGUGGUAAGAUUACUGAUUCUGGUAUAAAUUCUGAUUUGAUUGAUCGUGAUGGAGAAUUAAGUGACUUGGAAGAUAGACUUGAUAAUACAUUACCAGGUUCACAAAGAGGUGGAGAUCCAGGUGAACGUAGAAUCAGACCUGAAAUUAGAGUAACAGCAAUUGAAUUUUCCCCUACUUCAUCAGCAUUUGCUGCUGCUUCAACUGAAGGUUUAUUGGUUUAUUCAAUUAAUCAAGAAGUCAUUUUUGAUCCAUUUGAUUUAGAUGUUGAUAUUACUCCUGAAGCCACUUUGGAAGCACUUGAUGAAAAGGAAUAUCUUACUGCAUUAGUUAUGUCUUUUAGAUUGAAUGAAAGUUAUUUAAUUCAUAAGACAUUAGAAUCAAUUCCAUUGAGUGAUAUUCAAUUAGUUUGUCAAGAUUUACCAGUUGUUUAUAUCUCACGUGUUUUGACUUAUGUUGGUGAAUUAUUGAUAAAGCAAGAUUCUCAUCAUUUUGAAUUUUAUUUACUUUGGGUUAAGAAUUUAUUAAUUCAACAUGGGAAAUAUAUUCAAGAACAUAAAUUUGAAUUUCUGUCUUCAAUGAAAUUAUUAUCAAGAUUUUUAAAUAAGGUUGGUAAAGAUGUUGUUACUAUUGGAAAGAAGAAUAAAUACUUGUUGAGCUAUUUGACUGUCAGUAAAGAUUUAAAAGAAGAUGGCAAAGAUCAAGAUAUUAUACUGGAAAUGGAAGAUGAUUCUGGUUCUGGUUCCGAAGAUGAAGAUGAUGAUCAAAUAAUAGAAGACCAAAACGAUGAAGAUGAAGAAGGUGGAUGGUUUGGAUCAAAUGAAAAUGGAAUCAAAGCCAGCAAUGGAAUUGUAUUCAGUGGUCCAAAUGACAGUGACGACGAUGAUAGUGAUGAUGAAUUGAUAGAAGUAUAA